UCAAAUCCCCGCAUUUCUUUACUCCCGUCGCCACUCUCAAGUAGAGUACGCUUAAUUACGAGCAGACUAAGUUAAACUCCCAAGACACAGAAGCCAGGGAGCCAGCCAAGAGCAGAGCCAGCAGCUCACAGCAGGACACGCGCAGCCGCUCGCAUUCUCUGUGCGUCAGCGCAGAGCUCCCCGUGAGGGUACGGCGUGGUCCGCUUCUUGCUCCGGAGGAGGGCAAGUGCGCACCACCCUUCCUUCGUGCCGUCUUCACCUGCGGCGAUCUCUUCUCUUUUGCGGCGAGGGAGCCGGCGGAGGAGGAAGAAGCAGCGGGAUAUCAGUUCGUCCCGGGGGUUCUUUCUUUGCUGCAGGGAGCGAGCAACCGUGAUCGAAAUUACUAACACUCUUCCGCCCGGUCCGGUCACUCGCCGAUUUGCUUGCUUCCGGGCACCCUGAUCCUGGCCCAGCCCGUCCGUCCAUGGUCCGAUGGUUCAUCUUUUUCAGUGCGCAAGAUCGAUCUGAGUUCAUGCCAAGCUUGGAUCCAGAAUUUGCAAGAAGCCCUUAGUAGAUCAUAAAUAAUGUCGCCGAGGAGGCUAGAGGCCGUGGCGGCGCUGUUCAUGCUCAUGCUUUUCAAUGCUUCAGGAGCUUUUGUUGGUAUCAACAUUGGCACUGGGGUGUCUGACCUGCCAUCAGCAUCAGACAUAAUCUCCACCCUUAAAGCCAUGAAGAUCCAACAUGUUCGCUUGGUUGAUUCAGACCAUCAAAUGCUAGUCGCCCUCGCGAACACCGGAAUCGAAGUGAUGGUCGGGGUGCCAAACGAUCAGCUGCUCCGCGUGGGGCAGUCUCGUCCGGCAGCUGCUGAUUGGGUCAACAAGAAUGUUGCUGCCUACACUCCGGCAACAAACAUCACGUAUAUCGCCGUGGGCGAUGAGGUUCUAACCAGUAUCCCAAAUGCAGCUCUUGUUCUGGUACCUGCAUUGCAGUUCCUCCAGUCAGCACUGUUGGCUGCAAACCUCAAUACCCAAGUGAAACUAUCAAGUCCUCACUCAAUGGAUAUGAUCCCUAAGGCAUUUCCUCCCUCCACCGCCACUUUCAACUCGACGUGGAGCUCGGUAAUGCUUCCAUAUCUUCAGUUUCUGAAGAGUACAGGAUCUUCCUUCAUGCUGAAUGCUCAACCAUACUAUAGCUAUGUGGGAGGGCAAGGUGUGUUCCCUUUGGAGUAUGCCCUGUUCCGAUCACUCAAUCCCAACAGUCAGGUUGCGGAUCCCAACACCAAUUUGUUCUAUACCAACAUGUUUGAUGCUAUGGUUGAUGCUGCGUACAACUCGAUGAAAGCCAUGAAUUUCACCAAUAUUUCUGUUAUAGUCACUGCUUCUGGUUGGCCAUGGCGUGGUGGACGAAAUGAGCCGGCUGCUGAUGUUGACAAUGCUCUGGCCUACAAUACAAAUCUCAUACGCCAUGUGCUAAAUAAUUCUGGUACCCCUAGCCAGCCAAAUAACCAAGCAAGCACAUACCUAUUUGAGUUGUUCAACGAGGAUCGUCGGGCUGGACCUGUUUCGGAGCAAAAUUGGGGCAUCAUGUUUACCAACGCAAGUGCGGUGUACUCCCUGACAUUUGAAGAUGUGGCCACAAAUAACACUGACUCGCCGGCUUUGCGCGGGAUGUUUUGUGUGGCAAAUUCAAGUGCAGCCCAUAGUGCAUUGAAGCAAAGCUUGGAUUGGGUAUGUGGCCCUGGCUCCGCAAACUGCAGUGCCAUUCAACCUGGGCAGCAAUGCUAUAAAGCAGAUGACAUUGUAGCUGUUGCUUCGUAUGCUUUCAACGAUUAUUAUCAUAGAACACAAGCGAGUGGCGGUACAUGCAACUUUAAUGGCACAGCAACCAUAUCAUCUACGGAUCCAAGCCAUGGAUCAUGUGUUUUCGCAGGAAGCACCGGCGCUAAUGGCAGCAACAUUGAUGCGGCUGCUGGUCCUAAUAGGGAGCCAUAUUGGUCUCAGUGUAUUGAGGUAGAUGACAUGUAUCUCUGUUGUCUCAGCGACAGUUCUUCGGAUUUCACCUUAUUCGGUUUUGCUCUGCCACUGGCCGCAGCCAUGUCCUCUUCGUCAUCUUUCCCCGGCCCCCGCUUCCCUGGCGCCGGCGCUGGAGCCUCUGGCGGGGGCGGAGGCGGAGGUGGUGGGAGCGGGAGCAGCGUGCGGCCCUGGGGAUCGAGCGGAGGGACGUCGGUCUCGUCGUCGGGGAAGCGGAUACAGAAGGAGCUGCUGGACCUCAACGCUUCCGACUGCUCCGCCGGUCCCAAGGGCGACAACCUCUACCACUGGCUCUCCACCAUCAUUGGACCCCAAGGGUCACCAUAUGAAGGAGGGAUAUUUUUCCUUGAUGUCGUUUUCCCACUUGAUUAUCCUUUCAAACCUCCUAUGGUGACUUUCAAAACAAGGAUUUACCACUGCAACGUUGAUUCCACUGGGGCAGUGAGUUUGGAAAUUUUGAAGGAUGGCUGGAGUCCAGCUUUAACUAUUUCAAAGGUGCUACUGGCGAUCAAAGCCAUCAUCACAAAUCCGGAUCCAUACAACCCACUUGUGGACAGCAUUGCACGUUUGUACCUGACUGAUAGAGCUAAGCAUGAUGAAAUAGCUGCUGAAUGGACAUUGAGGUUUGCAAGAUAGGGAGUCCUUUCUGUAACUAAAUAAGGAAAUUUGACUCUGUAAAUGAAUAAUCUUGUAUGUAACCUGAGAUAUAUAACAUUGGAAAGGAUCCAAUACAUUAAUCUGAGUUGUGCCAUAAAGAUGUGUUUGCAUUA